AUGGGAUAAUCGGAGAAAUGUCCAGAUGAAGAAAUUUAAGAAAUGAGUGAGAGAGAUGAAGACUCAGUUGAAGAAGAUGAUUCAGGAUCACAAUAUUCAUAAAAAUAAAAAAAAUAAUAGCAAAAAUUAUAAAAAAGUCUUCGUAAAUAACUCAUUUAGAUGCAUGAAGAUUAUUAUAAUUAAGGAACUUAUUAUAGUAGACCAAGUUCUACCAUUGUAUAUACUUUAGCUUAAUAAAUGAGUCAUGAUUGUAAUGAUCAUUUGUGGUAUGCAAUUCUAGGUUUGACAAAUGUUUAUAUUGAUAUGAGAUUGAAUUCAAAAAAUUAUGAUAUUAUCUUUGAAGAAUUAUAAAAUGAAGUUAUUAGACUGAAUAUUCAUUAUGAAGAAACUUAAGGAGAUAGGGAGGAGAUUGGAGGAAUCAUUAUUGAAAAUAAAUAUAAAUUCUUACUCAUGAGAUAAUAAUCACUUUAUAAUUUUAUGUAUUAUUCAUCUUAUGUCAGAACUAAACUAAAAUUAUGGAAGGAUAGAGAUAAUAAAAUAUUAGAAGAGUUUAUGGCUAAAUUAGGUAUUCCAUUAAAUGAAGCAAAACAAGACUUUAGAUAAAUGAAUUAAAAAUACAAAUCUAUUUUGAAAUCUUAAAAUUGCUGA